AAAGAGGUCACCCUGCCUAUUCUACUGAAUCUUUUUUGAUGGGACAGACAAACUUGUUUGUUGACGAUUCACUCUGGUUGGAUCUUGUGCAUUCCUUGGAUUUUACAAACAAGAGGUGGUGGUACUGGACCAUAACCCAAUCCACCAUUCCAUCACCCACUGUGCAUGCAUGGGAGUGGCAUGCAGCCCAUCCAGGAAAGUGUCAUUGUAGAUGAUCAUCCCAGCAAGACAUAAAUACCAUCACUCAAGAAAUCUUUACAAGACGUAGGGGAUGGGAAACAACUAGGUUGGAAAGAGAUUCGUAUAUAUGUGCAGCCAUUGUGGCCUAUGUUUGUGUAGGAUGUAAAUACUGUUUAUACUGAGGAUUGAUUAUCAAGUGAUUGCUUGCAUCUUAGUUCACUCAUACUACGCUGGCUGGCUCAUCAUUUCAUAAAAGACGUGCUUCAAUUCCUGGUCGAUUUAGAGUAGGAAUCAAUAUCCAGUGCAGGUCCAAGGCUGGAUGACGAACAAAAUAAGUGUGCCCUCAAAUUACAUUUUUAAUUUCAGUGCUGGCCUUCGAGCUUAGCUAAAUGGGCAGCUGGCAAUGUGUAGUUGAAGGAGAAUCGUGUGGUUGGAGACACUUUUGAUGAAUUCCUGUACUAGAAUUGUUUGUAAGGUUAGGAGAGGACCAAGAUGGUAACUGAACUGCUUCUCUGAAAUUCCAUCCCUGGCCUGUAUCUCCAUCAGGAUAUAGCUGCGUGCUUUAGCUGUGUGCUUUAGCUGGAAUUGUGAUUCCAUUUCCCCAAGUCAUACCGGUACUCACUUGUGCCCUAUCGUUACAGUGGACUGUAGUUGGAUAGUUGUGUAGUGUUUCUUCAAAAAACCUACAUCAUGUUUGAUAGCUGAAAUUGCUGAGGAGUUGAGGCAUCUACAAGACAUUCUGGAUUCAGUUCAAUCUUUGUGAUCUUUAGCUAUUGUAGGAUUGUGCUAGGGCUAUGUGUAUUGUUUUAUUGCAUGGAUGCUGCAAUUACCACUAUUUCAAUAUUAUUGGUGAUAAGAAAAAUAUUUUUUUUUACAAUUGAUGCCCUGUACUGAGAUUCAAAGACCAUUAAUCCUGCUGAGCCUGAGGCAUUGUAGCACUUUGGCUGAUAAUGGACAUUGUUUUCUUCCCAUUGAUGGGAGUUUGAUCAUCUAGGAAUCACAUUUUCAGACAGUCUUUGUAAUUUGAAACAUUUGAUUGUUGAGACAUGGGUGUUCCUUUAGAAUCCAACUCGUCACCGCCACCAAAGGCUAAUCAUAAUAAGAAGAUGGUGGACAUCGGGGGAUACAUGAUCAUGCUGGCAGAAAUGAAGAACAAGAAGAUCAAACUCUAUGGGUCUCCAGCUGACAGAGCAGAUCUGGAGAUUGGAGAUGAAAUCCUAGAGGUCAAUGGAAGGUCAUUAGAAAAUGCAACCCAUGAGGAGGUCAUUGCACAUAUCCAUCAGUGUGUGAAAUCAAGAACGAUAAAUCUACGAGUAAAGAGGAGGACCAUUAGAGAUGGAGGUCUAGAUGAUGUAGAGAAGAAGCGGUUACAGCAAGCUUACGUUAUUGCAGUUGAGCAGCAGACACGAGAUAAGAUUGCCCAGAUUGCUGCUCACAACAAUGUACAGACUGUAGAUCUGACCUCUCUCAACAACUCCAAUCAUCCAGUGGGCAUCACAAAUGGACAUACUCAUGUAGAACUCCAUGGACAUAGCAAUGGCUAUCCUGAACCUGAGAACAGUGCCUCUGAACCUCAGGAACCUCCCUUGACAGCAACCUCUGCCACAGUGCCCCAGGAUGGGUACAGCAAUGAGCGGUUAAGCCAGCUGUUCGGCGAAGACUUUCAGGUAGUCAGUGAACCAGAUGGUUACGACAACCCAGCCUUCAGCUUAGAAUUCCCAUCCACAGGAUCGGACAUAAGUGCCUCUGAGACAGAAACUGUACAUCGUGCAGGAUCUCUUCCCGUACAGGAACCUGCAGUCCAACCGAAAGUGCUCAAAGGCGAGGAAGUGCCUCCUGUGGACCUGGCUCAACUUGAUGCCCAAUCUAAUGCACAAAGUGCCUCAUUGCCUACAAGUAGUACUCAACAAAAGAACACAAUGCCAGAACCAAGUGCUGCUGUGCGUUUGGAAGCACACCCCAGGGAGAUGGGGGUGGAUUGUCCAGCAGAUUUUGUUGCAGCAAGUGGCAUGAAAGAUCCACCUGCUCAAUCAGCAGGUAGUGCUAAAGUUAAUGGACAUACUUUGACCAAUGGCACAGACUUAAUACCCAACUCAAAACAGAACAAUAACAUGAGUUAUGAAAACUGGAAUUCAACAGGAACACACACCCAUCCUGGUGUAACAAUACAGCAGAAUGCAAGUCAAAAUAACAGCCAGGGCAGCAUAUCAUUUGAGCCUGUCAGUAACCAUCCACUCUUUGAAGAUGCUGGCACUUCCAGACAGUACUCCACCCCAGAACAACCUCCUCCAAGGAAAAUCUUAGACCUCCAAGACCUAUUAACAACACUCAGCCUGGCACAGAAUAAGCUUGGUAGUCCUCAGGAUAGGGAGGAUUUAAACUUCAUGCAACAGUUCUUCCACAACUCAGAUGUACAGCAUGCAGUCGGCAUCCAACAUACAGUGGGGCAAUUACAAUUAUCAAAGUCACCCCCUCUGCCGGUGGCAGCCAACAGUGAGACACUAGCAGUAGAGAUUUCAUACAGUUCAAGGGGAUCUAAGGGAGAGGCUGAUGAGCUGAGGAGACUGCUUUCAAAUCCUCUUCUUAGGGGGUUGUUGCGAGCACAUGAUAAUGUAGCUAGUCCUGACCCUGCUGAGCUACCUACUGAUGUAUACCAGGAUAUUGAUCUACCCGAGGAUGGUGAAGAAUCAGUUAAGAUUGUCAGAAUUGAAAAGACAGGAGAACCAUUGGGUGCUACAAUCCUGAAUGAGAAUGAGUCUAUUAUUAUUGGUCGUAUCAUCAGGGGUGGCAUGGCAGAGAAGAGCGGUCUACUACAUGAAGGAGAUGAGAUCUUACAGAUCAAUGGUGAUAUUGUCACCGGCAAAUCAGUCAAUGAACUAUCCGAUCUCUUGGCGAGUCAAACAGGUACGAUGACAUUCCUUAUAGUACCCUCAACGACAACUAUCCAACAACCACCAACAGCUAAUACUGUACUGAUGCAUUUCCGGGCCAACUUUGACUAUGAUCCUGAGGAUGAUAUGUACAUUCCAUGUCGUGAGUUAGGUUUAUCAUUCAUGAAAGGUGAUAUCUUACACAUUAUAAACAAGGAUGAUGCUAACUGGUGGCAGGCCUACAGAGAGGGUGAUGAAGACCAGUCCUUAGCUGGCCUUGUACCCAGCAAAGCCUUCCAAAACCAACGAGAAGCAAUGAAGGAACCAAUGAAAGAUGAUGAAGAUCAAGAGCCAAAGAAAACAUCUCUCCUGUGUAGCUGUGUAGGCAAAACCAACAAGAAAAAGAAGAAAAAGAAGAAUAUGUACAAUAAUGACCAAACUGAUCAUGAGGAGCCAUUAACAUAUGAGGAGGUUGGUCUAUACCAACCAGAACCACACAGGAAGAGACCUAUUGUACUGAUUGGCCCUCCACAUGUUGGUAGACAAGAACUCAAACAGAGACUAUUGGAAUCAGAUAGAAGAUUCAAGGCAGCUGUACCUCACACUACACGAGUGAUGAAAGAGCAUGAAAUCAACAGUGUUGACUACCACUUCACCAGUAAGACUCGCUUUGAACAGGAUGUUGCAGCCAGCAAGUUUGUAGAAUAUGGAGACUACGAAGGAAACCUGUAUGGUACAUCAUUAGAUUCCAUUCAAGCUGUCAUCGAUGAAUCCAAGAUUUGCCUUCUCAAUCUUCAUGCUCAGGCUCUGAAGAUACUGAAGAAGUCUUCUUUGAAGCCGUACUUUCUCUUCAUCUGUCCACCUUCCAUUGAUAGACUGAGGCAGCAGAGGACUGAAGCAGGUGAACUUCUCAAGGAGCAAGAACUGAGAGAAAUCAUUGACACUGGAAGAGGAAUGGAAGAUGCUUUUGGACAUUACUUUGAUCAUGUGAUCAUUCAUCAUGACCAUGACCGUGCCUAUAAUGAUUUGAUCUCUGAGAUUGACAGGAUACAGAUAGAGCCUCAGUGGGUGCCUAUCCAUUGGUUAAGCUAAUGUGUGUGUGUGUGUGUGUGUGUGUGUGAUCUUCACCAGACUCAUCACUGGACACCAACCAUCCAAGAGUGCCUUCCAGUCAUUGUGGAUCACAACAAAACCAACAAACACUUACCAGCACUCUCAAAUCUUCAAAUAAUCCAAGCAACAAUCUUCCCUAGUUGUAUUCCAGACUUGAAAUGAUGUAUUUAGGAAUCCCAAGAUAGAGUCUAUAAGAACCAGGUAUCUGUAAUCUUCUUGAAGACUCUACAAUCUUAUGGCAGACAAUUCUAGCUUGAUGUGAAUGUUCCCAGACUACCUUUUGAUGCUUUGGAUGUAUCGAGAUGAUGAACCAACCCUGAAAAGCAAGAAAUGUUUAUACCAAGUUUAGGUGCCAUUCGCAUUACUUGAUAAUUUCCUAAUAUAUUGGACCCUCACUAUACUACACUACUUUGGAUCAAGAAUAUUACCUUGUCCUAUCAAAACCUUGUUAUAUCACAGCUAUAAAAAACAAACAAUACAAUUCAAUAGAAAUGAGAGUUAACUAAUAAAUUGUUAUGAUCGGAAUUAUUAUAAUAGUGUUCUUUUUAAUGAGGUUCAUUUUACUGGUAUCACCAAUAUUAUUAAAUAUUAGAGCUCAAUGUGCGAUGAUAUUCUCCAAGGAACUGGCUGUUAGCAAGGGCUAUAACAUGACAGUGGCAAUCUCCUCUAGUGUGUUACAUUAUGUAUGUUUGAGGAAUCAAGGACCUUUGGAUCCAAGCACAGUCACAUUAUAUCAUAUGUAUUUUGGAUGAAAAGAUAUGUCAGAGAAAAUCAAAUAAUUUAGAACACACAAUACUGACAAUUGCUUGAACUUUAGACUGAGUUAUUUGAAUUAUGAAAUUAAUUUAUAAAGUCAUAACACCCUGAGUCUUGUGUUUGACUAUAUUUUUGGAAGGACAGUUAGGUGAUAUAGGAUUAUUGUGAGUGAUUAGCCUCUAGGUUUGCCGAUGAAACACCAGCAUUAUUAUGAGGAAGGGACAUGAAUGAAGAAGAUAAUGAUGGCCUGUUCUUGUCUUGUGCUUGUGAGUUGGGGAUGAACAUGUUUCUACCAGGUACCAAGAUGAAAAGCCUAUUUGUUCCCUGGAUCUGGGGGUGUAGUAGUGUAGUCUCCAUGAGUGAACCAUACAGACUAAAGCUCAUCAAUGCAUCUGAUGAAGCACACAUUUGCAGUGUUGUUAAUGCAUCCACAAUUGAAAGUGACUAUUUUGUUAUUUUUCUCAAUCACAUUUUGCAAGUAUUUGUCCAAGUGCCCUGCCAGUCAAAUUAGGACAUGGAGCUGUGGGUUUUCUUUGUAACUGAUAAUUGAACCCUACAGGAUUUAAAAGAGUGUGUGUGUGUGUGUGUGUGUGAGAGAGAGAGAGAGAGAGAGAGAGAGAGAUCAUAGGGCAAACUCUGUGCAAAGAGGUGGUGCACAAUUAAAACUUUGAGUCAAUUGGCGUUUUGAGGAGCAUGCAUUUAGUCAAUGAUAUAUUAUAAUGUAUACUUGGCUUUGGAUUGGCAAUUGAUAGACUGGACAAGUGAGAAUGAUACUAGAACACUCCACGGCAUGAUUCUCAUCCUCCUUACGAACCUCAAUCACCGGCUGUAAAGAGCUCAUCUCCAUGACUUAGAUUUAGUGAACAUUUUAAUUGGCCAUUUUUAGCUGAAUCCUCUUUUUUGCAAUUGCAUUUAACAAUGUGGAAGGGUCUAUUUUUCGUGAGCCAAAAUUGUACUAAGAGUAGUCCCAUUUGCCAUUAAUGAAGUGCAGGUAAUCUUGAUACCAUAGCCCUUGUUCACUAUCUGUCAAGAUCAAUGUAAGGCCAUAUAGAGAAAGUAGCCAACUACCCAUGAAUCUCCUCAAAUUAGAUUUAGAAUUUUGACAUUUUUAAUUAUAAAUUUGAACUAAAUGAGCCUUUGUACCCUUAGGAAUGGCGUAUUUUUAAUGAACUAUGCUUGCCAAAAUGUGACUUUUUAGCUGUUUUAAUGGUAUAAAAUAAUCUUUUUCAUGUUUUUAAGCAAUGUUCUCCUUGAAUUGGGUUGUAUAUUUAUACACAUCAAGCUGUUGGAUUCAUGUUUUUUCCAUAGCGAGUAUGCACAAGACAAAUAAAUCAUUCAUUGUAUAUGGAUAUAUGUGAUAUAGUUUUGUUAAUUCAGAUAGAGUUUUAAUUUUAAAACAUGAUAACUUAAUUUAAGUGAUUGAAUAUGACAUUUAUAUCUGGAUGCCCUAAUCAUCCCAUGCUGUACUCAAUGACAAGUAGGACACAUUCCCAGUAUCAAUAAUGUUCCAUCAUAUGUUCAUUAAUCUACCAUUCCUAUUUGUGUGUAUUUCCUAAAUGUAACAGCUGUAGAUUCAUAGAGUAGCUAUCCUUUCUUCUCAUUUACUUUUCUAGCAAUAUGUUAUAUGAGCCACCAAAGAAGAGAUUGUUUAUUGAAAGCCAGAAGGGUAUUAAUGCAUCACUUUUGAGGCUCUCAACAAACAAUGUGUACCUAUACUUUCCCACAAAUAUUGUGUGCACAAAGCAAAUAUUUGCACAUUAUUUUGAUAUCAAGUACAAAAAAACGUUAAAAAAUGAGAAGAGAAAGGAUAUGUGAUGUAGUCUUCCAUGCAGCUCACACGAAAAAACAAGAAUGUGCUCUCAUGUUAUGUCUGUGAAACUAAACAGUUGUUAUACAAAGUUGUUAAAUGAAACUACCAUUUCUCCCUGUGUAUGUUCAAUUGCUUUUGCUGGCUCAUGGCUAACAUGUUCCUUGUAUGCGCCUUUGUGUAUAAACAUGUACAUCUCUUUAUUUGUAUAGUCAAUUAUGUUGUCCCUAAGUGUCCAGUUACUCUAUAUUCUUGACAUCAUAUCCUUUUGUCUGUACAGAAACAAAGAUAUUUUGAUUCCUAUUCAUAACUAGAAAAGCCAAGGUCAAAACUAGGUGAGCAGCAGGUGCACAGUAAAUUAAACACAUACAUGAUUGUAUCUAGUACAGGGGUGUACAUGUGUGUGUGUGUGUUUGAGGCUCACUGGAGUUCCUUGGUUCAACAUGUUGGGUCUUGGGUCACAUUGGUGUAGGUGUUACCAUCACAAGGUGUUCUGCAGAGACGGAGCCAUCUUGUAAUGUCUGUAAGAGCUAGUUGAACCAGAUGAUGAUAUAAAGCAUACCCUGCAUCAAAUAAAGGCAUUUUAUAUGAAAUCUAUCAUGAAACAGCUGGUCAGAGCUGCAAGGCUAGUUGUGACCUUGGCUACACAAUAACGCUUCAUUAUUAAAACCAACUAUUUAAUCUAUUUCUUUCUAGGAGAUUGCUUUUGUACAGCAUAUUAUAUUGUGAUUUCUUGAUGUAACUUUACCUACAUGUAGAUUUGCCGUCUGUAUUUCCCCAAUUCUCCAUUGAUAGUCUCCAUAUGUAUAUAUAUGAUUUUAAAAUCCAGAACAUAGAUAAUUUUGUUUGUUUGUUUUCAUUUAUUCUGUACAUGCUAUGUUGUGGGUGGGAAAAGAAUGAAAGAAAGAAAGAUAUUUUAAAAUUGAUUUGGACUGUAAAAUAUGUGAAUACUUUUUAUAAUAUUGAAUAUUGUUAUGGGUAUAUAUAUUAUACAUUUUCUAUUUUAUUCAGCAGAAACCGAGUAUAAAGCAUUGUUUCUGUUUUGCGGUACUACUUUAUAAUGACAGUACAAGAUAGUAAACCAUGGAGGGGAAUCACUGGAUUCUUCAUCAUACUUAGAGGUUGUUAGGCUGGGGAGUCUCUUUACUUUCAUGUCCUCGUAUUAAAACAGUUUUGUAUAAAUGUAAGAUUAAACUCUCUGUAGAACUCUGCAAGAACAUUAAUUGGUUCAUAAGCAAGAGAAAUGUAUCGUACUAAGAUGUAUGAAAUCAGAUAAUAUUUCAUUUUUUUUUAGUAUUUCUUUCUUAUUGGGGAUGUUUUUCAUGACAUUGUCAGUUUUAAAAUGCCAACAACUCCGAAACUAGAAUUGAGUUCAAUUCAAGAUUCAAACCAAUAUUUGGUAGAUUUUUAUCAUUUAUUCUCUUUUCAGAGCAUUAUGUAUUCAAAUCAAACUAGAAAUAUUCAAUUUCAUAAUUGUAUUCAUAGAAAGGACUGAUGAUUCUUGUAUUCAAAUAGUUCCCAAAUGCAAAUUUUCACUCCCUUUUAUUUUCUCUUUUCCUUGCUGAUUUCAUUUCCUUUUUUUUUCUUUUUAAAUAGUCUUUAUCUUUGUUGGAAAUGGGAAAAUAUGACAAAU